AUGGAUCGGUGCAUGAACCGGGUCAUCGCUGGAGUCGCCGUCGGCGGCGCAGUUGGCGGCGCGAUUGGAGCCAUGUACGGGACAUACGAAGCGUUCAGAUACAAGGUUCCGGGCCUGCUCAAGGUUCGGUACAUAGGCCAGACCACAUUGUGGAGUGCAGCUGUGUUUGGUUUGUUCCUAGGUGCAGGCAGUCUGAUUCACUGCGGCAAAUCAUACUAA